UUGCGCAAUCGCACCGAGAGCGGCAUCGCCUUACGAGACUUCUUAACCACCACCACUGGAGCUCGAGUGGCAGUCAGGCGCUGAAGCACUACCGGAAACAUUACAACCUUUGAGUUUAGGUCCUUCGCUUCGGGAUUGUAGUACGCAAAAACUCUUGUUAAAGAAUAGAACGGUUUUAGAAACCAGUGUCCGCUAGCGAUGUUGUUUGAAUAAUUGCCUUGAAUUGAUGGCUAUUCUCUUGGCUUCCCAACCGUAACCAACGGAAAGCUACCGUGUAUAAAUUCCCAUAUGAAAUGAAGACUGUUGGCUGUUGUUACGUGUCUUCGCAAGGUCGCUGCAGGUGAACGGGUUCAGACACGGCUUUGAUCCUCGGUGCAAAACGUUUACCGGGGCUCGUUUCAUCGAUAAUUUCCCCCGCAUCGGCACAUUCCGGCAACUGUGGACGACCAACGGCGAGCCUUUAUGAUGUCGGCAGGGACGGGAGCUGGCGGUAGUCUGGGUGGUUCGGCAGCAGCUGCAAUGCUGAAGUCACCCCAGACAGCCCUCCAGCUGCUGCUGGAGGAAAUCAACUUCCAGCGGACGAAAGAAAUGCGGCAGCUGCUCAAAGAUGAAGGUGGAUUUGUCGUAUUGCAGGGAACCACCUACUGGACCGACCUGUUCGUGCGCCACUUUCUAUUCCAGUCCGAACCGGAGCAUAGCAUCGACUGCGACGAUCUGCUGUUUUUCGUGCGCAAAAAGCACAUCAAAGGGUCAUCGCGGGCCAUGCCCAAGUACGAAACAGAGAUCGAAGUGUUCCGGAAGGACUCGCGCAAGCUACCGAUCGGCGAUCCGGACGUCGACUGGGAGGAAACCGUCUACCUCAAUCUGGUGAUUCACCAGUUCAACUACACGCUCACGCUAGCGAUCUGCACGCGCACGUCGCCGAAGGAGUUGCAGGUACUGCGACGCCAUUCGCAGAAAGUGUACGCCUCACCGAGCCGCCGGAAGAUGGAUACCAAGGGCGACAGCGAGGAGAUUACCUACCCGCACAUCUGCUUCAUGGUGGACAACUUUGACGAGGUGUUUCACGACAUACUGGUGCGCGACGGCGAGAUGGUGUGCGUGGAGCUGGUGGCGACCGAUCGUGACGGUAGCGUGCAGGGGGUGAUCUUUCUCGGCUCGAUCCGGUACGAUGCACUCAAGCGAGUCUACGACGCUAGGCAAUCCAGCCUUGGCUCGAAGGUUGCCCAAAGGAUGUCGUUUGGGUUGUUCAGUUCGGGCGGCCCGCAAACUCGCUGCGAGUUUGUCCGUAUGAAGGGGCCACAGGGCAAAGGACACGCCGAGAUGGCCGUUACUAAACCGAAAGGAUCCGGUGUUGAAACUCCCACCAGUGAGCCAGGGUUCUGUGCCACCGACAUGUGGGACUCCGAAUGGGAAGAAGAUUGUGAGGAGUACUACAACUAUCGACACCAGCGUCGACUCAGCGACCCGAGCGCCAACCUAAACAACUUCAGUCGCUACGGAUGGCGCACGAAGAACGCCACCGAUGGAUCGUCGGGUUACGGCGGCUCGAAGGCGCGGUCGGAGAACGAAGGGCUUGAUUGUCUGGCGAACGAGGUGUCGGAAAUCGAGGCUGGUGAUUUGCGCGACGUAGUCCCGCAGGGAACCGAAUCCCUUCCAAAGCCACAACCGCAUGGCGAUAUUGUUGCUAGUUUAUCCAAGCAGUCCAAGGGAGCGGAACUUAAAGGAUCGACGAACAAAACGCGUCCAGCGGAAUCAAUCGGCAGCGGCACCGCAACGUCGACGAGCAACUGUUGCAGUUGCUUUGGCACGCGCAAACGUUGGUCCGACACCGACUCCAUGCAGAUGUCGGAAGUUUACGAGCCCUGUCCAAAGUGCGGUAGUGAGUCGGCGGAGCAAGAGGUUCGCAGGGAAGACGGAAAGCGUAUGAUGGCGUCCGUCAGCAGCGAAACGGAGCGAAGGCUACAAUCGCUCGAGUUGCACGAUUCACCAGCCUGUUUGGCCACCGUUUCGAAGGGACGUUCGCCGUUGAUGAAGCACCGGAAUGUUUUGAUUGUGGAGAGCGAGCUAGAGUUUGCCGGUGGGGCAAAGGUGCGGACAUCUUCCCCCAGUACGUCUGCACCGAUUGAUGAACGGACGAAGAAAAAGGUCUUGCCGCAGAAUGUCACUGGGGUGAAGAAGCGAGACAAUAGUCAGAAGGUUACCCAAAGCCCAAAGAAGCGUCUCAGUACGCCUGUGUUCCGCUCGAAACGAUUCAACGGUAACGGACCGGAGGUUGAGGCAGGCAGUGGAAAACCCGCCGGCAAGGGAAAGGUGACCACGAGCAACAGCAAUGCAAUUAACAAUAAUAACAACGGAAGAAGAGGCCGUUCAGGGGGAAGCACGUCGAGUUUAGGACCACCAGCCGGUGCCACGGAAGCCACAGAGGACGGUGAAUACGAGCUUGCGGACGAUGCCGUCUCACUGAACGGUGGUGGCGAUCUGACGGAAGCCGGCGAGGAGGUGACUGCUAAGCCGGAAGCCGUCGGUCCGCUCGAUCCGAAGCAAUUGAUUCGCGUCAAUGGUAAGGAAGAGUUUCCUGCCGAACGAACUGGCACCAGAUCGAGUAGCAAUGCAAGUAACACUGAUCGCCAAGGAAAGCACCAACAGCCAAAGGCAAUGUCCGUAUCGGUUGCAAACAUUAAAGAACAUCGGGAACGUCGCACUUCAAACGGAAGGGUUACUACGACGGAUCAGCAUCGAGGGGCUGCCAGCAAUGGCACUAGCAGUCGUUUUUCUUUGAUUUACCGAAGAAGCAAGUCAUCCUCUGCGGCAACUCAGGCUUUUGCAAAAGAGGACAAACGGAAAUCGGACGGUGGUCCGAAAAAAUCCAGUGAUUCAGUUAUAGUAUCAUCCAAAGAUGAAAACCCCAAAACAUCCCUGAAAGAGGAUGAUAAGAAACGAGAAAAGUCAACUGUACCGGAAUCCCUCGCCGAUCCGUUCAUCGAAGACACAAAAGUGGAACAUAAAGGCACGUUGCCUCCGACAGUUCCACCAACUAGUGAACGUGACAUCAACGGCAACCCCGACGAAACGACCACGACGACGACGGCGACGGCGACGACGACCACGACGACGGAUGAGACGAGCGAAAGUGAACUCUCCAAUCGGGCCAUUUGGGCGGCGCUGAAGGAUUUGCGAGCAAAAAAGGAAUGUUCCACGCUGCCGAAAAUGAAGAAACCAACCUACAACAGUUUCUACGCACGGCCAACGAUCUUAGGAGGUCGGGAAGGUGCCGACCACCGCAUCGAUACCAUUCCGACGCGACGUACGCCCGAUGGGACGAACAUCUAUUACCUUUGCGACUACCACCCGAAGCGGCACCACGGCGGCGGCCACGGGGAUAAAGAACUCGACGAUGGCGCAUACAAUCCGCUGUGGACAACGAAAGGCUUUACGCAAACGUUCCAUUUCUGGAAGGAAAACCGUCGCCAACAGUCGACACCUUUGAAUGCGUUCCUUACCUACGUGACGCUGCCGUGGUGGAGCAUAGCAAAGGAUCUACUGGACCACCGAGAGCAACCGAUUCUGACCUUCUAAAUAAUCCGGAGCACCGGAGCGAUUGAUCCCAUCGAUCGUUCUAAGAGAGGAAAACAACAUCGAGCUGCCACCAAGCACGACGAAAACGUUGGAUCGAUUCCAGUCAACGCAGGGCGAAAAGCUAGUGAUUUUGUGUUUUUAGGGGCGGGAGAAAUAGUUGAUUCGUUGCUUAAAAGUUUAACAUGGAAUUGCAGUUAGCGAACGUAUGGUUUGGUUUUUGGGCUUGGAGGUUUUCUUUAAGUUACUAUAUUGAAAGAGAGAUUGGGAGAGAGAGAGAGAGAGCUCAUUCCAGCAGACAUUUUUCUAGUCAAGCAACGCGAUAAGGAUAAAAAUCUAUUUUAAGGUGCCACAAAGGAGCCAUCUUGGGGAAAUCUUUGUGAUUAGUAACAUUUUUUUGCUCGUUUUAAUUCACUACUAAGUGUCCCAUCAAACCUAUCUCAAUGUCUCGGACAACUAGGAGGUGUUGUUUUCCUGGGUUCAAGUGCUAUUAAGGAAAUCUCUAAACCGAACAAACUUUUUCUAACAUUCUUCUCUUUGUGUAAUGAUUUAAUGUGAUUUUUGUUUACCAUUGUAAUUUCGUCGCUGAACCUUCAUUUUCUCUACUUACUAAAUCUCUACGCAAAAGGGCAUCUCAUUAUGGAUGUAGCAAUAAAAUUAAGCCAACAUUAAAAAAGAAUA